AUGCCUCAAGACAAUAAUUAUCAGCCACGUGUGGGUAUUCCAAAUGCAAGUACAAUUCCCAACAGCAUUGAUGGGUCUACGGUUAUGAUGAGCCAGCAUCGGCAGUGCGUACAAAUAUCAAUUAUUGGUAAUAACCUUCCAGUGAUUGAUUCAGAUGCUGGGCAACAUCAGCAAGCUUAUCAGCUCACCAGUACUCAAGCAAAUACUGAAAACAUAAUUGUCGAUAAUAGUUCAACUGGGCAAGUAAAUACUUUUAACUUUAUUGGUGAUAACAAUAAUAAUGACUACCACAACAACAACAACAAUAAUAAACCAAUCGAAUUGACAAUUUCUGAUGAUCAGUCGACGAGCCCACAACUUGGACAAUUGAACAUACCGAUAAACGAUGUUCAAAAUAUUCGUCCAAAAUUACCGAAGAAAAAAUACAAGAAAACUCAAAAUUUAGAGUUACCGAAUAAUAAUGUAUACAUGAAAACUGAACAUGGCUAUCAGUUGAUAAAAAUCAGAGUUCCAGAAGCCGGCACUCAAACAGUUUCUCAAAUUGCUCAAGCAGGACCAAGUGCAACCAAGACAAUUGCUUCAACUACACCAACUUCAGUAGUUUAUAGUGUAGCAUCACCAGUUUCAGGAAGUGCUAAUCCAGCAGUACCCAGUUUGACUAAAACUGGAGUCCUUCCAAUAAGUUUAAGUCAAACAACUCCAGAGAUAUCAGCAACACUUAAAUCCGAUCAACAGAAUGCAAUGAUGAACAAAAUGGCUAAAAAGUGCUGUGGUUUUUUUAACAACUUGUUAGUUAUGUCAAGCACGAUUCAGCAAGGAAAUUCCAGAAAUGUUAAAAGUAAUUUAACGAGAUUAAUCCAAGACAUUGUUGAUGCUAAAAUACAACCCACGCAAUUUGUUGAUAGGCUUGAGAAGAUGUUGAAAUCUGACCGGCAGCCACGGCUUGUUGAUUUUCUGACUAAAAGCCUGCCACAAUUGAGAACGUCUCUGUAUCUCCAACAGAUUACUAUCGACGGCAUCAGACCUCCACCAAGAAUAGCUCUUACGCCUCUCCGAUUGGCACCAACGAGUGCUAAACAGCAGAGUUUAAUUAAACCAAAUGGUAAGAUUCCAGUAUCAGAUAAUCUUACAAGUCAACUGCCACCAUUAAGAUCUGAAAGUUCUCCGGUAACUAUGACAAUUCCUCAAGCAAGACCAAUGCUGCCUUCAGAAUUUGUAGUGAUGCCUCCAGCGACUGUGGCGAUGCCUCCAACAACUCUGGUGAUGCCUCCGGCGGCUGAGGCAAAGCCGCAAACAACUGUUGCAUUGUCUUCAGGACGUGUAAUAAUGUAUCCAGCAAUUGCUGCAACGUCUCCAACAACAUUGGUGAUGUCUUCAACGACUGUAGCGAAGCCUCAAACAACUGUUACCAUGUCUUCGGCAAGUUUUAUGAUAUCUCCUACAACGGUAGCAAUGGCUCCAGUGACUACUCAAGUUAAAACUUAUCAAUCUUCAUCUAAACUUGAUAGAAAAAUUAAUAAGACAAUUGGUCACUAUUCACCACUGACGACCAUUUCAAAUAUCCAGCAGAUACCAACUAUUUUUAGCCCAAUGAUCCAGCAAUCAUCAACACCUACUUUUUCAAAUGUUAAUAAAGUUUCAGAAGAUAACAAAAAAAUAAAUACUGCAAUUGGUGCGAAAGAAAACAAACCUGUUUCAUCAUUUGAAACAAAUGAAGAAGAACUCAAUGAUGUCAUGACUAUGGGAGGAAUUGAUAUAGCUGAAGAAUCUAAAGCGAUUCUCAGUUCAGCAGAUAAAGUUGGCACGGAAGUACGAUCAUGUGAAGAAAAAUUAUUUCUCAAUGUGACAAGUUUACAAAAUAAAAUUAAACAAAUGUUACUGAAGCAUGGACUCGAAGGAGCUGAGCCAGAUGUUCUUGCUCUAGUAUCACAUGCGACUGAACAGAGACUUAGGGGUCUAGUUGAAAAAAUGUCUGUCAUUAGCGAACAUCGGCUGGAUUUUAACAGAAAUGAUCCGCGGUACCAAGUGACCCAAGAUGUUAGAUCUCAGCUGCGAUUCCUUGAAGAAGUGGACAAAGCGGCGUGUCAGAAACGAGAAGCCGAAGAGCUUGCAGAGCUUUUGCAGGCGAGUAAGAGCAGGUCGAAGGAUGAGGAGCAGAUAAAGUUAAAGGAGAAGGCUAAAGAGAUACAAAAAGCUGAGAUGGAAAAAAUACGACAACGCGACGCUGAUUUGACAGCAUUGCAAGCGUUGGCUCCAAGAAAGAAGCCGAAACUUGAUAUAGGCAUGACUAGUUCUGCAGCUUCUGGGUUAUCCAGACAACCUUUCAGGCCAAGGAUUAAAAAGAUUUCUAUGAAAGAUUUACUAUUUGUUCUUCAGGAAGAACAAUCAACAUGCAGAAAUGAUGUCUUUGCGACGGAGUUUCCAAUAAAUUCCAGUAAUCAUCAAUUGCAGCAAUCAAACGCUAAAUUGAAUGCAUCAAUAAAAAAUAUAAAUCCUUUGGAGCCAACAAAUAAAGUGAAAAUAAAUCAAGAUGAUACUUUUAAUCCAGAUACUGUUUUAAUAAAACCUUCGGAUCGAAAGCUACAGGAUUCAUCCGAUGAAACAGGAAAUAUUAAAUUUGUUCCUCGGAAUAAAUUACUAUCAAAUUCUACUUCGACUUAUUCACGUCAGAUAAAACCAUUAAAAGUAAACGCUAAUGAACUUCCCGUAGCGACUUACAUUCCAAAGUUACCAGCUCAUCAGUUGCUUAAAAAUAUAUCGACAGUUAAUUUACAAACGCGUAUGCUGUUUGAACGAAACAAUACACUGUAA